AGCUUUGAUGCCAGUUUGAAUCCGUCUUCAAUGAAUGCAAGCGAGGAAAAGAGGGUUUGUGAAAGUUGUCCUUUGGAAAUUGUCCAUGGAAUUCCUCUAUAUAAAGCUCAUUGGAUGAAACUCAAGUGCAACACAAGUUCCUCAUCUUGCUCUCCCAUCUUUCGUGAUAAUUCGAGCGAUAGGGUUGAUUGUUCGAUGAUGAAGAUGGGAUUCAGUUACGCCUUUCCAGCGUUUGUCCUCGUGCUCUCCGCCGUGAUGGCGGCUGAGGCCAGAAGCAUCGUCGUCGGAGGGUCCGAAAACUGGCGUCCCGGUUUCAACUACACUGACUGGUCUCUCAAGAAUAGCCCCUUUUACAUCAACGACACACUCGUGUUCAAGUACGAGGCCCCCCACAAUGUUUACUUGCUGCCGAACCUGUGGAGCUUCAUAAAGUGCGACUUCAAGGACGCGAAGCUCAUCGCGAGCACCGAGGACGGCGGCGGCGACGGCGUCGAGGUGAAUCUGAGCGGGAUGAGACUCUACUACUUUGCUUCGUCCGACGGCGACGACUGCAGCACCGGGAUGAUGAAGUUCUUCGCCGUGCCCAUAUACCAUCUGCGAGGUUGAUCGACGAUAAUGAAGGAUUAGACAAUCACCUUUGGUUCGGCGUGUUUCGAGUGCUUUGUUAGGACUGAUAAUCAAUAAGGUCUACUAUUCUGCCCUAGCUAGAAAAUGGACGACAAUAAUCGGGAACCAGAGAAAGGAAUUAAAGCGAUUAAUUUCUUUUUCUACAAUUAAUUGUUCCUUGUCUAAACGUAAUAUCUGUUGUUUAAGUAUCUGUUGCAUGGCAUCGCCGUAGUUGUUUUAAUAAGCCAAUAAUAUCAUAAUGUCUUGCUCUUUCAUCUAGCAA